AUGGUGGACCUCUUCGCCGACUCCCUUGACCUGCCCACGCUGCGCCCCACGACGGAGGACCUCUUCACGCUGCGGGCCAAGACGGAGACCCUUGUCGACGGGGUGACCUCUGCGGCGCCAGCCCGCGGAGACGCGGACGCUUGCGGCGGAGUCGAGCCGGAGGAUGGCGGCAGCGCCAUGUUGACCGAUGAGACGUCGGAGGCGGACCUCGGCACCUUCCAGGUGCCCGUCAUCCCCGGCCUCACCGCCGCGGACGUGGUUCGCGUGGGCAGGUCAAUCCACCAGGCGCAGCAGCUGCUGCGGAGCGGCUCCAUCACAGGCUUCCAGCGGUCUCCAGAAGGCGGAUUCGUGGCCCAGGUCUCGGGCUCGACGCCGGGGAUCUCCUACAGCGUCCGCGUGCCCUUCACAGUGGCGCCGCGGGUCAUGUGCCUAUCCUGCUGGGCGGGAGCCCCGGCCAGCUGCGCCGCGCUCGCCAAGCUGGCGGGCCCGAUGGGGCCGCCGACGCGCCCGCCGGGCUGGGCGGAGCCCGCCGGGCGCCGCCGCCGAUCCCGCCGGGCUGGGCGGCGCACGCCAGCCGCCGCCGACGCGCCCGCCGGGCUGGGCGAAGCCCCGCCGGCCGCCGCCGACGCGCCCGCCGGGCUGGGCGAAGCCCCGCCGGCCGCCGCCUCGCCCGCCGGGACCGACGCGGCCUUGGCGGUCGGCGCGGGCCUGGCGGCGUCCGAGGCCGCGGGCUGGUCCUGCGAGGCGUGCACGUUCAGGAACGGCCCAGCGGCCGCGGUUUGCGAGAUGUGCGACAAUCCGCGGGGGGCCGCCGGCAUGCCCUCGGAGCAGGCCAUGCGACCCUCCACCCCUUUCGCGUCUCAUUGGGGCGCCCUGGGCGCACCCGAGGCCGCGCCCAGGGGGCGCGGCAGGGGGCGCGGCCGCGGCCUCGCGGUGGAGCCGGCCCCGCCAGCGUGCGCAGACCACGCGCUGCGCGAGGGCGCGUUGUCGGCAGGCGGCGCCAUCGCGCCAGCGGGCGCCGACCCCUGCGGGGCCGCCGCCGCGCGCGGCGCGCCGCCCCCGUGUGCGUGGCACCGCGAGCCGACGGCGCCGCGGCAGCACGCAGCCGCGGCGGCGGAGCCGGAGGAGGACGACGUGGACGACUGGCUGAACGACGGCGGUGCCGCGGCCGUGGUGGCCGGCCGAGCUUGGAACGGCACGUGGGCGGCGCCGCAGGCCCGGCCCGAGUGCCACGACGCCGCGCGGGCGUUGCCCAGCGGCGCGGCGGCUGCCCGUGUGGAGAAUACAUCCUGGGCAGUCCGCGGCGCCGGGGCCGCGGGCUCCAGCCCGAGGUGCGGGAGGCAAGCGUGGUUUCAGCGGCUUUUUCGAGAAGCUGGACCACCUCAUGUUCGCGGACGAUUCCCAGGAC